UAAUCAAAAAGCUCACUUGUUGAUUGGAUCUGAAAAUGGCAGAGUUUCGCAAUUCUCUGCAGGACUAUAGCACUAUUCAAGCCAACACUUAUCUUACAACUGCCGGAGAUGCUGUAUCAUCAAAAUUUCAUGAAAAGUUACGAAGGUAUCGAGAUAUAAAAUUAAAAAUUUUGACAUUAGAUAUGAAGUCAGAACUAUUUUGUGAAGGAUCAUCAGUCUACACAGGCUCAAGUGGUUUAGCUUUUUAUUAUUUAAUGUCAGCUAUGAGGAAAAAACCAGUUACAUGCCAUGAAACUGCUAAGAAAGCGUUAGAAUACAUAAACAUAAAUAAAUUAAAGGGUCAAAAAAUAAGCUUUUUGUGUGGAGACGCAGGGCCUCUUACUUUAAUGAUUAUCAUCUCUUAUAUGCUAAAGGGAUAUUCAAGUAAUAUUAAAAUGAAACCUGAAGAAUUAGUUCAAAGGCUACUAAGCUUAAAUAAGCUUUUAAAAGAUUCACCGGAUGAACUCUUGUAUGGGAAAGUUGGAUAUUUGUAUUCUUUAAUGCUGAUAAAAAAUUAUAUCAGUGAGGACAAUGUCAUUCCAGAAUUAACCAUAAAAGAGGUGAUAAACUCCAUAUUAACAAGUGGGAAAAAGUUGUCAGCUGAAAUAAAGGCAGAAAGCCCGUUAAUGUGGCAGUGGCAUGAUAAAAUUUACUUGGGUGCUGCACAUGGAUAUGCUGGAAUUUUGUACAUGUUACUGCAGGCACGAGCAUACAUCGACAGUCAUGACAUGGAUCAAUUAAUAAGACCGACUAUAGACUGGUUGACGACCCAACGUUUUGAAGGUGGAAAUUUUUCGUCUUCUCUUGGAAGCAAGUCUGGUGAUAGAUUGGUGCAGUGGUGUCAUGGCGCGCCAGGAUUUGUACCGUUGUAUAUUUCAGCAUAUCAAGUCUUUGAAGAUAAAAAGUAUUUGGAUGUUGCAAUAAAAUGUGGUGAAGUUAUAUGGGAAAGAGGGCUAUGUCGAAAAGGAUACAGUAUUUGUCAUGGAGUCAGUGGUAAUGCUUACGCAUUUCUUCAACUCUAUCAAGUCACUAAGGAGCCGCAACAUCUACACCGUGCGUGCGCGUUCAUGGAGUGGUGUAUGGACGAGCGACCGGGCACGGAGCAGCACAAGCCAGAUAGACCGGCAUCGUUGUUCGAGGGACUGCUGGGCCGAAUAUACCUAGCCGAAGAUAUUAUGGACCCCCUCAACUCCAAAUUUCCGGCAUUUUGUUUAUAAACUCUCUGUAAUAUACUCUUUGAAAACAUAA